UUUGUUCCAGUGGCCCAACUCCUGAAAGAUCCUGAGAAAACAAAGGAGUUUCGCUGUAGUUGUGGCAGGAAGUACAAACACUACUCUUCACUCUACACCCAUCAGAAAUAUGAAUGUGGGAAGGAGGCCCAGUUCCACUGUUCCCUCUGUCCUGCUGCAUACAAACACAAGCACAGACUCAAGGAACACAUGAUUACUAAACACUGGGACGCCCCGAAUGCUGGGGUUCUCCACUAAGGUGUUUCCUGGCUGUUAAGAUUUCAAAACAGAUUGUCUUUGCUGCCAAUAAAAUAUAUAUUUGGUUUUUAACUAUAUGUUGAUUAAUGUUUGUCAUAACAUAAAGAAAAGAACAGUGAAGGUUAUCUCCAUAUCACGUAGAAACGCCUUUAUCUUGUUCUCACACUAAUUGUUACAUUUUUUACUGUAGUAUUUUUCAAAUUAAUAAUCUCUUUACCACUUCUAUAAUAGUUGAACACUAUAGUAACAAAACAAUAUUAAUUCUGCUUUACAAUAAAGAAUUUUAACAUGCCGUUUUAUUUUGAUUUAAAGUACAAUUUGUUAAUAUUUUUAGUACAAAGCACAAUGUUAAUUUUAAUUGUUUUAAUUUUCAGACAUAUAUAUUAGUCGUUCUGUGUACAUUUUCUCUACUAAGAAUAUGAUGAUGAUGUUUUGUUGAGAUAAUACCAGUGAGUUUACCUUUUUUGUUCUUAAGUUAAAGAUAGUGAUGAUAGUGAUGUAUGUAAAGUCACUGCCAAGUAUUAAACUCUGUAUCACAUGUAAAAUUAUGAGAAAUAUAAUUAUUUUUGUACGUUUCAA